GCUGUGACCGCAAACAUGUCAAGUACACGGAAUGAGAAGGAUCCCAACUAUCAGCAAGACAUUCAAUAUAUCUUCAAGCUGAACAAUUGGAUUCUGGGCUCGAUUGGCAUAUGGCCAGUCUCGAUUCGAGGCAUCGGACGACACGCGUCCAAGAUCGCGAUCGCGCUCGGUAAUCUCGCGUUAAGUUUCGCUAUGGUGCCCUGUGCCUUGCACAUCGUAUACGAUGAGAAGGAUAUCAUCAUGAGAUUGAAGCUAUGCGGCCUGCUAGCAUUCUGCCUCACUGCGAUGACAAAAUAUUGCAUCCUUGCCAUACGUCGCCCUAAGAUACUCCGCUGCAUCGAAUAUGUAAAGAAUGAUUGGUGGCAGGUAACGUUCAGGUCCGACCGGGAAUUGAUGCUGAAGUACGCAAAUAUCGGUCGCAAUCUAACGAUAAUCGGCGCAUCUUUUAUGUAUACUGCCGGCGUUAUUUAUUACGGGAUUCUGAUCCCAUUCUUUUCCGAGACCAGAAUCAACAAUCAAACCAUCAGACCACUCGUUUAUCCAACUUACAGUGAAUUUUACCAAUCCCAAAUUAGUCCUACAUACGAAAUUGUAUACGUGGCUCACUGUAUGUGCGGAUAUACAAUAUAUUCGAUAACAGCUGGUGCGUGCGGAUUGGCUGCUUUGUUUGUCACUCAUGCGUGUGGCCAAAUUCAAGUGAUAAUGUCGCGAUUGGAAAAUCUCUUAAACGACGAAAACCCAAACAUUCAUCAACGAAUCGCUAUCAUAGUGAAGGAUCACGUCCGCAUAGUAAGGUUUUCAACCGUGGUAGAGGAAGUUUUACAAGAAGUAUGUUUAGUGGAGUUUACUAGUUCUGUAUGCACAAUAUGUCUACUUGAAUACUACUGUAUAGUGGACUGGAAAGAUGACAAUAAGCUUAGCUUAGCAACUUAUUUUUUACUCUUUAUUUCGUUCUGCUUCAAUAUAUACAUAUUGUGUUAUAUUGGCGAGCUUCUCAUGGAAAAGAGCAUUGAAAUUGGAUCAAUGUGUUAUAUGAUCAAUUGGUAUCAAUUAUCGCCAAGAUCUGUUCGCAGUCUUAUACUCAUAAUCGCUAUGUCCAGCCAUCCUAUAAAAAUUACAGCUGGUAGAAUGGCAGAUCUGUCGUUAACGACUUUUGGAAAUCGCAAGCGCACGUUUCCCAACCUUGCAAUCAAUGCCGCGCGUCCGUCUAGUCUACUCUUCUUACAGUCUCUAGCAGAAUCUGUCAUCGCAAACAUGUCCAAUAUAUGCGAUAAGUCCGCAAGAUCACGUAACUCCAAUUAUCAACAAGACAUUCGAUAUGUUUUCAAGUUGAAUAACUGGAUUAUGGGGUCGCUCGGUAUUUGGCCAAUCACGAUACGAGGCAUUGGAAAACACAUGUCGAAGAUUGUAAUCGUGAUCUUUAAUUUCGCGUUGAGCUUCGCGAUAGUGCCUUGCGCUCUGCAUAUCAUUUAUGACCAAAAGGAUCUCGACGUAAGGCUACGCCUAAGCGGUCUUCUAGCCUUCUGUCUCACUGUAAUGGCAAAAUACUGCAUCUUCGUGAUACAUCGUCCUAAGAUAUAUCGUUGCAUCGAGUACGUGAAGAACGAUUGGUGGCAGGUGACAUACAAGUCCGAUCGCGAACUGAUGCUGAAGUAUGCUACCACCGGUCGCAAUCUGACGAUAAUCGGCGUGUGUUUCAUGUACACUGCUGGCAUCAUUUAUCACUUGAUUCUGCCGUUCUGUGUUGAGCACAAAAUCAACAAUCAAACCUUCAGACCGCUCGUGUAUCCGACCUAUAGUAAAUUUAGUCAAUCACAAAUUAGUCCUAUAUACGAAAUCGUGUAUGUGGCUCAUUGCAUGUGCGGAUAUACUAUAUAUUCGUUAACAGCUGGUGCGUGCGGAUUGGCUGCUUUGUUUGUCACUCAUGCGUGUGGCCAAAUCCAAGUGAUCAUGUCGCGAUUGGAAAAUCUUUUAAACGACGAAAACCCAAAUGUUCAUCAACGAAUCGCUAUCAUUGUGAAGGAUCACGUCCGCAUAGUAAGAUUUUCAGCCGUGAUAGAGGAAGUUUUACAUGAAGUAUGUUUAGUAGAGUUCACUAGUUCUGUAUGCAUAAUAUGUCUACUUGAAUACUACUGUAUAGUGGACUGGAAAGACGACAACAAAAUUAGUUUAGCAACUUAUUUCUUGCUCUUCAUUUCAUUCUGCUUCAAUGUAUACAUAUUGUGCUACAUUGGCCAGCUUCUCAUGGAAAAGAGCAUUGAAAUUGGAUCAAUGUGUUAUAUGAUCAAUUGGUAUCAAUUAUCGUCAAGAUAUGUUCGCAGUCUUAUACUCAUAAUCGCUAUGUCCAGCCAUCCUAUAAAACUUACAGCUGGUAGAACGGCAGAUCUAUCAUUAACGAUUUUUGGAAAUUCUUUGGCAGAACUUGUCACCAUAAACAUGUCCAGUAUACACGAUAAGUCCGCGAGAUCACGCAACUCCAAUUAUCAGCAAGACAUCCGAUACGUUUUUAAGUUGAACAACUGGAUUAUGGGGUCACUCGGUAUUUGGCCAAUUGCGAUACGAGGUAUUGGAAAACACAUGUCGAAGAUUUACGUGAAGAACGAUUGGUGGCAGGUGACAUACAAGUCCGAUCGCGAACUGAUGCUGAAGUAUGCUACUACCGGUCGCAAUCUGACGAUAAUCGGCGUGUGUUUCAUGUACACUGCUGGCAUCAUUUAUCACUUGAUUCUACCGUUCUGUGUUGAACACAAAAUUGACAAUCAAACUAUCAAACCGUUCGUAUAUCCGACCUAUAGUAAAUUUAGUCAAUCACAAAUUAGUCCAAUAUACGAAAUCGUGUAUGUGGCUCAUUGCAUGUGCGGAUAUACUGUAUACGCAGUGACAGUUGGUGCCUGCGGAUUGGCCGCUUUGUUCGUUACUCAUGCGUGUGGCCAAAUCCAAAUACUUAUGUCGCGACUAGAAGAUCUAUUGGCUGGUAAAAGAUUCAAACGAAGCCCGAACAACGUUCAUUAUCAAAUCGCUGCCAUCGUAAGAAAUCACGUAAAAAUAAUAAA